CGGCUGAAGUACGCUUGCUGUGUUUGCUAAAAAACAGGUACUAGUCCAUUUCAAGCAAAGGAUCAUUGAACUUCCUGCACUGCUUUUGAGCAACUCCUCAUUUGAAAACCAUGUGUCUGCUCUCUUACCUCUAGGCUUGCAUGUGCUACACCCUCUUGCCCCUGGCUUUCUGAGGCUCUUCACGACCAUCAGACCAAGCUCAGGUCUGCGAAGAGGAAGUGGCAAGAGACCCUACUGAUCUCUACAAUUUAACUCCUUUGCUGGAUUAGAUUAGAUAAAACAAAUGUAUUAAUCCCUGUGAGGGGAGAAUUCAUUCGCCAUUUCACAAUCCACAUAAAAUACCUUCUGAAACUCUUUGCUCCCCCAACAAACCAUGGCAAAGAACAACACACUGGCUAGAAUUCCCUAAUAAAAAAACAUAGAGAAGCUUCCUGUCAAUCCCUACAGAGUCCAACUUCAAGAAGUAUAGUCUUGACUUUGCCUUUUUAAAAACCGCCUAGCUAUUUCUCUUCCAAUUUAGUUUUCUCUCUCGGUACACACAAAGAUAUUGUUAUGAUUGAACUAUCUCAACAUUCUGAUCUCUAAUUAUCAAAGAUGGUAUAUCUUCCUUAUGACGUCUAAAAUCUCUAUUCAACUCUUUAUUUUUUCCAAAUUCAACCUUCACACCAUAAAACAAAUAAUUAAAUCUCUCUUUGAUAGUCUGCAUCAGUACCUUGAUUGAUCAAUCCUUAAAGGGCUGUAUCAUCCAGCGUUUCCCAUACAAUGCAUUUACUUGGGCGUCCGGCCCAGGUAAAUUUAUGGCUGCCCAAUUGUAUUUGGUGUAAAAAAAAUAUCCAUCCGUGCUCAUGACUGUAUCUGUGAUCGAAUAACUAUUGGAUAAACAGCGCAUACGUGUCUUCUCUCCUUCCUGACUUGUUCGGUGUGAGUCAGAACUUGUGAGUGAAGCGUUAAUAUUUCUCGCGGAGCGGAGAGUGCCUUUCUGAAAAGCACAACGGCAACAGCAUGCGCCAACUACAAACGCCACGUCCAUUUGCGGAGGUGCGUGGGCGACAAAAGGUUUGAUACAGGCUCAUUUUAGUUAAAAAACAUUAUAACAUUUAUAUUUAUUUCUGUUAAGAAGAUAUUCUGUCACUUACCCAAUGUCACAAAUUUGCUUUUCUGAAAUAAAACCUGAAUAAACCUCCGGCCUAGGCCGACAAAUUUGAUCUCCGGAGGACCCAUGCAGCUUUCGAAGACGCAGCUACCUUGUCCAAGUUUCUAAAAGUACAUUUUAAAAUGCUGUAACACUUGAGGUUUGACUUUUUAAGACCGCAUUUCCCCCUGGUCUAUUUUUCUUUUAUUAACCCCAGUAAUGAUAAAGGUCUUCAUAGUGUAUUUCAUCUUUUGUGCAUUUAUUUUGAAUGUUGCACUGUGGCAAUUCAAAUCAAAUAUACUUUAUCAGUUAAUAUACAGUUAUUUUAGGCACUCUUUAAAUAAAAAAUGACGAAAAAUAUUGGCUGUAAUGUCACAGAAUGUCAGACUGAAACAUAACUGUUCUUUUUCAGCCUACUCCUUUAUCUAGCUUCGAUCUUGUAAUAAGCGAAAAUUUGUCUGCAAGAUGUUGUACAUCAUCUAGAUGUAUUUGUGGCAGCUCUGCAAGGGACUUGGUAAACUCCAUUCUGAGCUGCUAGCGGAAGUAACGAUAAACUGCUUCACGGCACAUAUACACCGUCUAAAGGCCGGCGAGAACCAUCUCUUUCAAAAGGCAUGGGCUCAAACUAGCACAGCCAGAGAUAGCAAGAUAAAUACAGACCCCUCUGUUUGGAAGAGAAAUUUCCGAAGUGCUCUUCGUGCCAAAGGCUUUACGAUGAUAUUGGACAACAAGAAUGAUCCCGAAAAUCCCCAUAAAAUAUAUCUAUUUCCAACUGAAUCAAAUUCUGCAGGCUCUAAGAGGUCUCAAGAAACUAAUGCAUCAAAGGAAUGGAAUUUAGGGGAUGAAGAACUAUUCACCACUCUACCAUCCCAUGAUUUGGACAGCAGUUUUCAUGGCCUUAACCUCCUGGAUAGUUCCAAACAAGAAGAAAGUCAUUUAGAUUGGCAUGAGGGUUUUGUUGAUCUGGCUGAAGAAGAACUGUACCAAGAAAACAGUCAUUGUGUUACACCACAGUUUACUAAAGAGAGUUCUACUGAAAUGGUGCAUUCAGUACAGGAAUCUUACAGAACUUCAGCUGGAGGUGCUAUUGGUGGGUUAGAGCAGGAAGAAAUGGGACAAUUUUCAGCAGCUGAAAGAACAUAUGAGAUGGCACAAUACUUCCCAGAUGGGGAACAUGUGGGUAAUCAAGUUGCUAAUCAUGGUGCAACUGGUACGUUAGAAACAUUUUUUCAUAUAAAGGUUUAUUACAAAGGGAAGAUGAUGUUGGAUCAUUUGUUGGAGAAUGAUGCUGGUUUCCGAUUGGUGUAUCAGGGAAGCAUGGACUCCAGUGCAAUGGAGAGCGCAGUGCCAGUGGUGAAUCUACCUAGCCCAGAUAAUAUUCAUGAUCAAACGCAGGCAAUGCUUACAAGACAAAUCCUGGAGAAUCUGGGGGGUUUGGAGCUGCGUAGAUCAGAUGGAUUGGUUUUGGGCCACCGUUCGGGAAAAAGCAGGGUCUUCUGGGGUCUUUGCAGACAUGAAAAGAGCCAAACAGUCAGAGAACUCUCUAAAAACACGCCUGAAGUCAUAUACUUUUUUAAGGACUAUGUAUCAGGUUUGAUGGAGUUUAUAAAAACAAACAGUGGACCGUCACCAUCUUACACCCUGUACUUCUUUUUGGGCGAAAAAUGGCCAGACCCUAAAAUGAAACCAUGGGAGAAGAAACUCAUCAUGAUAGAGGUUGUUCUGACUUCUCUGGAGGCCUUGAAUAAGAUGGCUGUUGAAUGUGGUGCUUCCUCACUGGAGUCAAUGGAGCUUCAAGUCUCGUUGGAGCAAAUGAUGGAGUUGUGUUAGGAGGCUCACUUUAGUAUGGAAACUACUGGACCUCUUGAAUCAAAACUAUUUUCUUAAACUGUUGACUUGAGUUAAUCUAAAUAUGGUAAUAUUUAUAAUCAUGAUGCAACCUGUACGUACACACUGUAAGUAUGCAUUUUGAUUUAUAUUUUGUUGAUUCUGUGUUAUGCAUUUUAACACAUUUUAUGAUGAUUUUGUGUUAAACGAAUGAACGGGACUACACAUAUUCAGUUAAAAGUAACACAAAAUUAAUUGACAUGUUUGUUGUUGUUGGAACUGAUAGAUCUGGAUAGAAACAUACACUUGUUUCUUGUCAUUUCAUUUUAUUAUUAUAUUUCAUUUAUCCCAUUUAUUACAAUAUUCAUCAUAUGUAUUCAUUCCUUUAUUUUAUUAUUCACUUCCAUUCAUAUUAUUUGCUCCUUACUUUCCUGUUGUUUAACCUCAUUGGGAGUUGUAUUGUGUCUUAUGCUGAUAUGAGUAUCCAUUGGUCUCCAUCUCAAGGUUCAUAAUAAUGUCAUGAGACAAUGUUUUGAUACUGUAAUCUUGAAUGGUUAAAAACACAUAUUGAAUCUGUUUCUAGUCAGACGAAGUUUGGCAGAGCUUGACUGAGCAUCAACGCACAACUGAGAUUAUUCGAUAAAUCAUUUGUCUAUCUAUUUAACAUCACUUCGUCUUCUGCCUGCUGUUCUUCCCCUAAGCUCUGUAUCUCCCUGGUGGUUGGGUUAAAGGAUUGACUCGCAACAGAGUUGAUAUCUCCAGGUGUAAUUUGUUCCUGACAGAGAGAGAUCUAGUGAAACUGGACUCAAAGUUUAUCUCUAUAAGAUCUACUAGCCAUAUCUCAUAGUUGGAUCUAUCAGAACACAGUCUGUGCGUGUAGCUCUCAAGCUUGAAUCUGUUAAAAACAGAUGAACCAAAACACUGAACUUUGAAAUCUUCAUCACACUCUUCAAGCAUUCAUAAACAAUGUGUGCAGUAUUGUACCACGCGUGGAUUAUCCUGUUGAAAGAACCCACUACCACCAAGUCAUGCCAUUGUCAUGUAGGGGUGUACCCUGAAGGAUAUUUCAUAAAACAAUGGUACUAAAUAAUCCAGACAAUUUUGGUUUGUUAGUUAGAGCUGUUUCCUUGUGAAUUGCUCACCUUUUCACCCUGUGUUGAAUAAACUGUUUGUGUGUGCACCU